AUGUCCUACAACAAUAUCUGCUACAACGUCACCGACAGACCUACGCCCGAUCCUCAUAUCCGCUAUGUCAACGGCAAAUUCUAUUUCAUGUUCACCGCCGACAAUCGAAUCCCCAUGUGGGAUGCCCGAUGCCUGAAUGACUUGGUACCUCCUUCAGGCACCGCUUGCUCUGCACAACUAUGGGCACCGGAACUACAUUGCAUGCGAGGACUCUGGUACAUAUAUUUCUCCGCGGCGGACACUAAAUUGGGCGACAAGUCGCAUCGAAUUUACGUGCUGAGAGGGCCUCCAGCGGAAAUGGAUCCUCAUGGAAACUCUUGGGAAUUCAUGGGGCCCGUCAGAGGAUUGGAUCAACGUCAAUUCGCAAUCGACAGUACCGUCAUCAUGAUCGACGGGAGGCACUAUUUGGUGUACUCGGCUCAAUCUCUUGAUCAGAUCGAGCACAAGGAGUCGGAGCCGGACCAACAGCUCUUUAUAGCGCCGCUGUUUGACCCAGUCACAGUCGCAUCUACUCCGGUGAUGAUUUGUCGGCCAGAUCGCCCUUUCGAGAGGUAUCGGGAUCGCGGAUUCGUCGAAGGCCCGCAGUGGCUUGAGUCACCAGAUUCCUUUUGGCAAGGAAUCGCCUACAGCUGCAGUGCCAACUGGACAAAGGAGUCCAAGAUAAACACACUUCGAUUUCUCGGAGGUAGUCCUCUCGAACCCCGCUCCUGGCAGAAGAGUGAUGUGCCACUGCUGCAAAGUGGAACUCACGGGCCGUAUGGGCCUGGGCUUGGCUGUUUCCUGAACUUCAAAGACUCGACCGUCGCCUUCUUUCACACCACCGACAACGAGAACGACGGAGCAAGCGGGAGGAAAUGCAAAAUGCAGCGUGUCCGAUGGACUGCUGGCGGUCCUUGUAUGGACCAGGUGGUAGGUCCGGUCACCCGGGAUGUGUCUCUCUUCACCAAAGCCAUGAAUGGAUUCAGCGCUGGCGUGGGCACCCAUGCUGGUCAGUCGAGUGAUCUCUUCGUCCCUAUGGACGUGGCACAAGCCUUGGACGAAGAAGGCAGUGCUGCACCUCGCAACACAUUUUUGAAUAUCCUUUAGUUUGUUUGUACAAUGACCUGGUCAGUGCGUGAAUCUCUGAUCAGCAGGCAGGGUUGGAUUGCGCAAGUGCGUUUUUGUUCAAGUGA